AGAAAUGCUUCCCCCCUCCAAUCGAUCUUCGUGGGGUUCAAAGCUUCGCCCCGCCCCCCUCCCCCCCCUCCGUUUCCUAACAAGGCGUUUUUAUUUUCUGAGAAUGAUUGUUUUUUUUUUUCUUUUUCCUGAUCGUCGUGGUGGCUAUGAUUUGCCGUCAUCUUUGCCAGGAGGACAUAGGAAAAGACGUCGUCGCCACAAUUUGAAGAUGAUCAUAGCAGAAAUGACUGAGUCUGAGGUGACGGCGUUCGACUCUUCGCUAUCGCCCUCUGCUUCUGCUUCUGCUUCUUCUUCUUGCGCUCGGCCAGCGGUACCAGGCAACACAGUUGGGAAAAUAAGGAAGCAUGUUCGAGAGUUUCUUGAUCAGCACUUCGUUCGUGCAUCGACUUUGCAAGGUGGUGGAGGAGGAGGAAUGGAUAGGUUGAAUCAAGACGAUGGAUGCUUGGGUAUGCUACUGGACCUCUCUGUCAUUGGAGAUGUCUGUGUAUUUGACUCCAUUCGACUCAUCUUUGGAGUCAUUGCUAUGGAGGUGGUUUGUGUGGGAGGGGGACUGCAUUGCCAGCAGAACACCUGCGUCCGUAUCUCCCCCUUUUCUUCCGUGCUGCAAAGGGAUUGCAUUCAUCGAGAUCAAGGGAACGGGUUCAAAGGACGCCUAGGUGGUUUCUAAGAGCAGCGGCAAAUUCUACAGGCAGCAGGGUAACGCACCCGCACCCAUGCUAACCAGUCUGGUGAUCUGACAAGUCUCAGAGCAGGAGGGGGGCUUAUGCAGUAUGACGGUUUUUGCCGAAACCUGAAGGAGGGCAAUAACCUGAACAGAAGCAUGGCGGACAUCCUUCUUGCUGGCAAUGAACUGUCUUUACGCGAAGUUUACGGGCAUUUCGGCCCGCUGCCCUAGCAUCGAUCGUUCAUCUACACAAACACAAGUACAGGAGGGCCAAGUCCAUGGCUCUCACACGAGACCGUUCUGACAUGAGUAUGCUCUUGUUUGUAGUGAGAACGGGCGAUGGAUCUUGAUCCAACGGUUGCUAGGUCAGAAUGACCGAGCACGAUGACGGGCUUCUGUUGAAACCCCGGUGGUGAAGGGUGGGUUGCAGAAGCCUGAAGACUCGCUGAAGGUUCGCUGAAGGUUCGCUUGACGCUUCGGCAACCCCACAUGUGCAUAGAAGGUUCUCUUCUCUUUUUUUAGAGGGAAAAAAAUCUGGUUGCAGCACAAACGAGUUUGGACUCUGGAGAGGGUAGCAACAAAAGCAUACACGGGCAACGAACUCGCAAGCCGAGUUUGGAAGGGCAACAAAAGCAUUUUUAACCCCGCGCGUCGAGCUUGAAAAGGGCAACAAACUCGCGUGCCGAGUUUGGGAAAGCCAAGAAAUCACACACGGGCCACACCCAUUUUUACCGAUAUUGCCCUUUUCAAACUCCCGCACCCGAUGUUGUUGUCCCCACGUGUUUUUGUUUUGCCCUUUUCGAAACCGAAAGUGUGACACUGCCGGACUUGUUUCUUUUUCUYGUCUCUUGUUUUGUUCAUAAAAGAUUUGUCCCGACAAUCUCAAGGUCUUCCGAAUUUCCACCUCUCAUUACUCCUGUGAAGUGUGUUGAACAGUGAGUACAGCAACUCCCUCUGGAGUGUGAACAAUGAGUGUCCUUUCUCCAGCAGGGCAUGGAAGGUGGAUAGUGACAGAAUCGUACAAGUAGGACAGGCUUAGUUGAUGUUCCUGUGAARUAAAGUCUUAGAUCUCAGCCUGGACUUUAACUGUAAGUUUGUACAUAUUGUCCUCUUCUCCCUCUCUGCCUACGGUUACCGGGCAGCUCUGUUUGACGCAUAUAUAGUAAAUAAUAAAUAUAUUUCUGGAAG